UGAGAGCAGGGAUUGCUCCCCGAGCCUCUCUGGGAGAUCCCUGUAACCUGAUCUCGGGCUUAGAGCCGGAGCUGGGAGCCUGGCGGUAAAAGGUUCGCAGAUCUCUGUGCAAGAGCUUCACAAAAUGAUCAACUUCCAGGGAUCAGUGACAUUCCAGGAUGUGGCUGUGGACUUCACCCCAGAGGAGUGGCAGCUGCUUGACUGUGAUCAGAGAACCUUGUAUUGGGAUGUGAUGUUGGAGAACUUUAGAAACCUCAUCUCAGUGGGGAGUCCAGUUACCGAAACAAAAGUGAUCUUCAAGGUGGAGCAAGGACAAGAGCCGUGGGUGCUGAAGGGAGAGAACUCACACUGGAGCUGUCCACAGGCUGACUGCCCAUGUGUUGAUGAAUCAGAGAAGCACCAGGAAAGCAAAGACAAUUUUUUGAAUUCAGUUUUGUUCACGUUCACUAAAAUUCUGACUAUGGAGAGACUCCAUGGUUAUAAUAUGAUCACAAGUCUUAAUCCUACAAGAAAAAAAUCAUAUAAAUGUAAAUCAUAUGGGAAGAGCUUGCAACCUACUUUAGACUUACUUAAUUAUAAUAGAAGUUAUACUGGAGAAAACUCUUAUGAAUGCAAUGAAUGUGGGAAAGCCUUCAAAAAGAAGUUUCAUUUCAUUAGGCAUGAAAAAAAUCAUACAAGAAAAAAACCCUUUGAGUGCAAUGACUGUGGGAAAGCCUAUAGCAGGAAGGCACACCUUACAACUCAUCAGAAAAUUCAUAAUGGAGAGAGACCCUUUGUGUGCAGUGAUUGUGGGAAAGCGUUUAUGCAUAAAGCACAACUGGUGGUCCAUCAGAGACUUCACACUGGAGAGAAACCUUAUGAAUGCAGUCAGUGUGGGAAAUCAUUCACUUGGAACUCUUCCUUUACUCAACAUGUGAAAUCUCAUACACUCGAGAACUCAUUUGAAUGUAAGGAAUGUGGGAAAACCUUCAGGUACAGUUCAUCCCUUUAUAAACAUUCUAGAUUUCACACAGGAGAGAAACCCUACCGAUGUAUCGUAUGUGGCAAAGCCUUUGGCAACACAUCUGUGCUUGUUACACAUCAGAGAAUUCAUACAGGAGAGAAACCUUAUGGAUGUAUUGAAUGUGGCAAAGCCUUCAUCAAGAAGUCUCAUCUCCUUAGACAUCAGAUAACUCAUACAGGAGAAAAGCCUUAUGAAUGUAACAAAUGUGGGAAAGCAUUUUCCCAGAAGUCAAAUCUUAUCGUACAUCAGAAAAUUCAUACAUAAUACUCACUUUAUGAAUUUGAAAAAGCCUUAAAUAUUACUUAAAUCUUAUUAAAUAGCAGAUAAUUCAUGGUGAGAAGAAAUCCAUCAAUUUGAAUGAAUUUGGAAGAGUAGAUCCCCAUAAAAAAUAAUCAAUGCCAAUCAUGUUCUGGAAUUGAUAAAGUUUUCACAGAAAAGAUGACAGAAAACAUUGAAUUAUAAAUAAUAGAGCGUAGAGCUUGGAAAGUAAGCAUAACUUAAUCAAGGAAUCAAUACAUUUACCAUCUCUGAUUUUUUAUUUUUAUAAUAAAUUAUACAAGUGUGAGUAUAAAAUAUGUUUAUACAUUAUAUCUAUUAAGUUUCUGCAGUAAAUAUCACCAUUUUUUUCUUCCAAUCCUAACAAUACUAUGCAAGUGAAAAAAUGGUUA